UAGGGAAGGGGAGGAGAGAGAGAAACAGACAGACAGAGUGGUGGAGAGGAAAGGAUGAAGCAGUUGCAUGUGAAGUGGUUUAGCAGUGCUCCAGUCAGCGUUCUUACCUCAUUCUCCUGAGGGUUGUUUGUACACAGCUCUCUCCAGCUGGGGCCUGGCUGGCUGCUUUGAUUGGCUGGUGACUGAUCCACAUUCAGAUCCCAUUGAGACAGACAGACGACAGGGCAGUGUCAGUGUGUGUGCGCUGGGCCGAGAGUCAGCAUGAUGCAUCGGUGGGGUCUACUCAUCACUGUGUUCUACUGCCAGCUGUUCCUGGCUACUGCUCAACACUGGAGGAAAGCCCUUUACCCAUCAGGCUUUAGAGUGAAGCGUGGCACACACUCAUUGGUCAACCCCACCUUCCAGAACUCUGUGGAAGAUGUUAACCUGCUGUUUGAGAUCCUGCUGGCAGGCCUGCAGAUCGAGGGUGAGGACAAGCCCUUCGUGAUCCCAGACAAGGAGCUGGCAUCUCUGAGGAGGGUCCAAAAGCUGGAGGUUAUCUGUGAGGACGUCCUGCCCAAGAGACUAUCCGAGAUCAGACGUCUGACCUCCCACCUGUCCCAGCGCAGAGGUGCCCUAAGCAGGGAGGACUUUGAGCGCACAGUGCUCACUAUGGUGUACACUGCCCAGACUCUGGCUCAUACCACCUCCCAACACCAGAAGGCGCUGUGGGGAGACGCCCUACUGCAGCUGUUCAGGGCCAUUCAAGAAGAUCUGACGCCCCUACCCAGAACACCUCAGCACAACUAGUGUUAUGGACACGUGGACACAUUUUUUUAGAUACUGUAAUAUACUGAUCAUUUUAUAUUGUAACACAAGUCACUUUUUGGCAGAAAAUUUAAAGGAUGUUUUCUAUUGAGUUGUAUUGUAUAAUCAAAAUGACUGUUCUGAUAAUGUAAUGUGUUUGGUUAUGAUCAAAUGAUGAUAUGAUCUAAUCAUAUUGAAAGGAGGAUGUGGGAAAAGGAGGGAUGUGAACAAUAUCCUGUUCAUGUUCUAUCUAUUGGAUUCCGCCUUGUUCCAAGACUUCAGAUGUAAACAAACAAAUAUUUUAUCAGUCACUCUGACAUGAUUCAUUACAGGUCUUUAUCAAAUCUUCUGUCAUAAUCUUCUCAGCUGUUUAUCACAAUCACAUAAUCUUUUCCCAGCACAGUCCUGUUGCGAAAAGGUGCUUCAUGAAAAAAAUAGUCCCAUGAGGUGCAGAAAUAUUGUAUUGAACUGUAACAUUGAAGACAGGGGUAUCAAUUUGCUCAGCUUAUUUCUCUGCAAUUGAUAUUAUAAUAAAAUAAUGAUCAAUAUAUAUAUAUUUGAACUGUAACAUGGUUAUGGCCAUGUUAUGAACCAAGCUAAACACUGAAGAAGACGGUUCAGCUGAAAAGUAUGUGUAUGCUAUCCUGAUGCAGUAAAAACAUUAUUUAUAUAUAAUGAAGUAAGCUUUAUGCAGCAUCUUUUAGACUGCAGACCCAUUACAAUUUUUGGGGGCUUAUCUGGAUUCACAGGUUUUACGCACCAACAAUCCUUUUUGGAGAGCACUAUGGUCCUCUUUUGAUAUGGCCUUGUUAUCAUUAUGUGCAAAUGAUUGAUAUGACUUGAGGAUGUUCAUUCACAUUUGCAAAAACGUGGGUAGGGAUUUGCCUCAGUCCCAAACUGUUUUCAUUUUGGAAUUAGAGGAUUUUAGCUGCUCUAGCCUGCAGGGAGGAUGUCAGACUACAUGUGAGACAUGGGGCCUCAGGCUUUCUACACAUCCCCCAGGUCUACACAUUCCCCAGCUCUUCAAUGGCUACAAAGAAAGACGAGUGCCUAAUGUGUGUCCUGUUGGCGACAUAGUCCACCGCUGCUAGAACAGACUUUCCAUUGACAUACUGUUGCCUACAAUGUUUCUCCCUCUUCCACUGCCUACAGAUGACAGGUUCAGGGUGGCGGCCAUUUUGCAUGGAAAACUCCUCUCCUUCUCUGUGUCCAGUUGCUAUUGUUUCCGGAUGGUGAUAGAACUGGACUAGCUCUCCUGGUGGUCACACAUCAAGGCACGGGUGAGUCCAUGCCCCAUGCUCCCGGUAGAGCCCACUAGAGCCCUCAUUGAUGAGAAACUGCAGAUUGUGGUGAAGAACGUUUUCCCCCCAAAAAAGAUCACCCUUCAUUCCUUUCAGCGCUCUGAGAAUGGGAGGCGUUCGGCCAUUAUGCCAGUGAUGAAACGGGGAUGGUCAAAGAGUCCAAUGGGCUUACUGUGGAUCAUGAGGCCUGUGUAUGGCAGUGAAACAUGACCCAGGUUGAGGAAGAAGGAUAUCCGUACUCCACUGCUGGUUCAGAUCUCUGUGUACAGUGGCCACAUCAGCCAGGACUUCAGUGAGCAGGCUGCUGUAGCCUGUACAGUCGUAGAGCGCUGGUGUAUGGCCCCGUAGUCCAAAAGAUAGACAUCUACAAGAACGGAAUCCAGGGAACCCUUUUUAUACCAGCAGGUCCUGGACCAUUCCCUGCUGAGCUGGAGCUAUCUGGGGGAGGAGGGGGUCUGUUUGAGCAUCGCUCCUACCUGUUAGCAUCCUAAAGCUACGUCUCCGUAGUGCUGCAGUACCCCACGGACGUCUAUACAACGGUUUCCAUAGGAUCCAUAGUACUUUGAGGUCAGGAGGUUAAAGUGUCCAUUACUGAUGGUCAUUGGAGAAGCUGACCAGAACUGUGCCACUACAGAAUCUGUCCAGGAUAUGCGCAGUACAGUAUGUUGGAGAGGGCAGGGAACCUGUGUCUUACCCUGGGGCUGGUCAACGGAUCAAACCUUUCUACACUCCUCACUUCCGCUCCAGAACCUCCAGGGGUAAAGUGAUCAUGUUGUGGGGAGGGGAGUCCAAAUGGAGGAGGAUCCUGGAGUUCCUUCAGAAGAACCUGUACCAAAGACAGGACCCCUCUGUCCCCUCAGAGCUGUCAGAUCCUCCUGGACUAUCUCCAUUAUUAUAGUCGUCGCUUCUCCAGCUUCAUUAUCUGUCAGGGCCCUAUUCUUGAAAUUAAGUAGAGACAAUAUUGGUUGGAUUUGUUUUUACUCACCAGGUGGCAGCAUUGCACAGUCUCUUAAAUGACUGGUCUGCUGCUCGUAGGUGUCAUAGUAGUCAAUGUCCUGACAAUUACAAGGAGGAAGAAGAGGAGAUGGUCGACAUCGGCCUUUCAUCAAAGUCCUUAUAGGGAAGCCUUUCUGUUUAAAGGAUCAGACCUUGGCUGCUCGGUCACGGUUGAGUUGCGGUCUUCUAGCCAGUCUGGUUUGGAUUCCAAACUCCUGUGAGGUGACAUGAAGUGUUAUUGAUCUCAGCUGAGUUGGAGAGAAUGAACACC